GUGUUUUGUUUUCUCGCGUCGCGUCUCUCGCGUUCAAUUUGGAUGGGGUGUCCCUCCCUCUCCUCCGGUAACCUCAUUUAUUGUGUGCUACGUACGGGUCCCUUGAAUUGAAUAUGUGCACCACGACUGAUAGUAACACUGGAUUCUAAUGUAGCUAUGUAGAAAUAUUUGUAUCCGCAGCACGAGAUAUCAACCGACAGACAGCACGAGGCCGCAUCUCAUCUCCUGUGAACUUCACACCAAUGGCUGAUUCAGACAGCACGUCUACAUCUGAUCGAAAGCCGCACUGCCCACAUACACCUGUCCCACUUUCAUUGCCUUUCCUGAGAGAGGGUAGUAAUGUCUCAGAGAGGAAACCGCCCCAGACAGGGGAACCACUUAGUCCACUGCCAACCAAACGUACACGCACCUAUUCAACAUCCAUAAGAGCCAAAUCUGGACCUGUCUUCAAGGGCAUUUGCAAGAACUUCUCAAGGUCACAAGGUCAUGGAUUCAUUCGCCCCUCCCAUGGAGGAGAAGACAUAUUUGUUCACAUCUCAGAUAUUGAGGGGGAAUAUGUGCCAAUGGAAGGGGAUGAGGUGACCUACAAAGUGUGCCCUGUUCCUCCCAAGAACAUAAAGUUUCAAGCCGUUGAGGUGGUCAUCACCAACCUGUCUUCCGGAAGGAAGCAUGAGACCUGGUCUGGGCAAGUUAUCAGCUCCUAGCUCACACAUUCAGAGCCCAACAGAAGAAUAAAGGCAGAGAGUUAGAGAUAAAGGAAAGGGUUUAACUUGAGGUGCUCGUGUUGGCGUAAAACAGUGUUGUGUGUAAGUAGGAUAGGGAUGGAAUAGCAAUUAGGGUUAUGCAACUGUUGUUUUCUUCAGUCUGGCAAAUACGCAACAGGAAGUUGGUGAGAAGUCUGUUUGGAAAAUGUUUUGAGAUGCAAGUCAGCUGAGCUUUAAUAUAGCAUUUGCCGAACAUAACAUAACAUAACUGUGAAACAAAAAGCAGCAGUUUCCCUUGUUUGUUUGAAAUUUUGUCCUUUAUAUGUAAUCAAUUAUGUAUUUAUUUUUACUUUAUGUACAGAGACUUUUAAGUUUAUUGUGAUGUGUAUGUCCAAGUCAUUUAUGUAAAACCAAUUUCCUUAAAUAAAUUAAUGCACAUCAAUGAAAACUUCCAUUUGUUUAAUUGUGAUUGACAGGACUGAUAUUAGUUUUCUUUAAGAAAGCUACAAAUUUCAAAAUCACAGUAGUUCAUUUUGUCAAAAAACAAAUGCUUCUUUUGAUAAUUCUAAUAAAAACAAAACAACAUGA